GCGUGGGAAGGGGAGAUUGUGACAGGCACUCGGUUAAACAGCACGCCGUGCCGCUGAGAGAUAAAGGCCCCCUCAAGGAGGAAAGAAAUCACGCCCCCCAACCACGCAGCCUACGCGUUUGCUUCUAUCUUCCCGUUGACAAGAUGUUCGUUUCCUGCGAUGGCUCCGCGUGCCCGGACUUCAAAGGCUUCAUGCUCCUUAUGGUAACGGAGAUCGCUUCUCUGGGGUUGCGCGCGCUGCUGUUGUUGCCCGGGCAGCCGGGCGGCUGUCAGUCAGUCGCGAAGCGGGGAGUCAGAGGGAGAGGUUCCGCCUCCUCCUCCUUCACAACCUCGGUGGGCUGGAGGGAGAGCGGGCAUUAAAAAGAGGGGCGGAGGGGCGAGAUUGGGGCACCCGCCAGACAAGAAUCGCGGGGCCACUGGCCCUUUGAUGGAGGUUGCACGAAAUAUAAAAGGGACGAGGAGGGCAUAGAAGGAGCAGAGUGGAUCUCCUGAAGGAGGAGCCCCGCCCCCAAAAGCCUCUCACGUGAAGCAUGUUAGUCUGGGAAUGGUAAUCCCUACAACUGCGAAACUAAACUAACUGAUCCCUACAAGACUGUACAAAACUAAAUUCCUGUUAUUGUUAAACUAAUAAAUUUUCUAAACACUGUACAGUGGUACCUUGGGUUACAUACACUUCAGGUUACAGACUCAGAAAUAGUGCUUCAGGUUAAGAACUUUGCUUCAGGAUGAGAACAGAAAUCAUGCUCCAGCAGCACGGUGGCAGCCGGAGGCCCCAUUAGCCUCCUAAUGGUGGUUCUUCAGGUUAAGAACAGUUUCAGGUUAAGAACAGACCUCCGGAACGAAUUAAGUACUUAACCAAAGGUACCACUGUACAGAGGUUCUCUGUGUCUAUCCUUUUGCUGCAUUUCAUGUCCCUCCGACCUCACUUUUCACAAUGCCCUUCUCCCAAAUCCUAGGAUGAUGCUUUGCACAUCUGAUCAACUAAUUGUCUGUGUGGACAUCUUGAUAGUUAAAGCUGAUCGUUCUUAAAAAAACAAAACAAAACUAGAAACAGUAAGCUGUUAUGGAUUAUGUAGCUCAUAUGUGUCCAUCAUUUCAUUUCAUCUGCAUUUUUUUUCCAUUUCAGCCAGCUGUAUCAGUGGGAAAUGUUGGCCAGCUAGCUGUAGAUUUAGUCAUUUCCACAGUUGGCAUGUCCAAAGUUGGUUACUUUUAUACUGAUUGUCUUGUGCCGAUGGUUGGAAAUAAUCCAUAUGCAACGACAGAAGAGAAUACAACAGAACUUUGUACAAAUGCUGAAGGUAUGUGCUGUAAACACAAAUCUUGUCAAGACACCCUAGAAAGAGACCACACUUCCUUCAGUCCUUAGGGUCAGUUCAGGCAUUUGAAAAUCUGUGCAGAGCAACCACAGGGAGAGAGGGAGAGAGCUUUUGACUUGGAGUUUGCUUGCUUUAUUUAUUUGCUUAUACAUACUUUUCAUAGAAAAUAUCUCAAGGUGGUAUUCAAACUAAAAACAGUAAAUAGUAAUACAUCAGUAAGAGCUGAUUGGUAAAUAAUAUCAGGUUUGAAAGGCCUGUUUGAAUAAUACCAUUUUUAGAAAGCACCUAAAAUGAGCAGGGGUGGCUCCUGCCUAACCUUUGUUGGCAAGGAAUUCCACAGGGCAAGGCCUGCCACACUAAAGGCUUGGUCCCUGGGAAAGGCCAGAUGAACCUCAGGUGCACGUAGGACCAUCAUAUGUACCCCAUCAGAAGACUUCAUAGCUUGUAGUUGCUGCCUUCUAGCAGCAAGUCAUAUGAGAUGAGCACUGAAGUUUUUGUUCAUAAUACACUUUCAAAUUGCCACCAGGAAGCAGCACACGCAACUAGGGAUGUACUUAGGUAGCUGCAUCAUGAGACUGCUCAAACUAUUCCAUGUGAAGACAGUUUCAAACAUCUUACUUUGCUUUUAGAGUGUGAGCACUGAAGUUUUCGCAUGUGGGAAGCUUGCUAUAGUUAUCACUCUAGCAUCUAAAUUGAUAGUUAGCCCAGCUGAUAAGUGGGUUAUGUAUAAAUAACUGUUAAUUGUUCUUAUGUUUAUGAGUUUUCAGUCUCUUGCAAAUGUACUUAAUCAAGACAGUUACUUGAUUGAUGGGACAUAUGUGUGUCCCCACCCCCCAAAAAAUAAUCUUCUAAAGAAUUGCUACAAGAUCCCUGAUAUGAAUGAUUCUAAAGGUUCGAUAUCAUAAAUGAAAUUGGGACGGGUUCAGAUAUCUUGAUAGCUAUGUGAAAGCAUAUAAAGUAAUAUUGCCUUCUGUUCUAAUGGGUAUUGCUUGUAAGUUCUGAAACAGGUUCAUUUCAUUGGGACUUACUUAACUAAAUUGCUGCCUUUGCGGAAGCCAGCAUUAAAAAUUCUGCUAUCACAAAGGGACAUUUACUCCUCUCCUCCUCCAGAUCUGUUCCAGAGGUUUGAGAGAACCCUCAAACCAGCACAGGGCAGGAGGAGAGGGGAACUAAAUGUAAUUUAAUGUGGGUCUUGACAGAUGGUUUAUGCUACUUCUUCCUGUAGUGUAUGCAGCACCUUCUAAACAGUUGGCUGUUCUACAAAUCAGAUCACUGUUCAUAAAGGUAUGUGUGUCUAUUUCAAGUAGUCAUGUUAUUAGACUUCAAAAGUGAAAACAAAUAAUGAAAAAUCUUCAAGUCCUGACGGUGAGUAAUUAAAAUUGUCCUAUGAGAUGUAUAAUUAACUGUGGGUUAGAUGUGGAGUGAAACUUGGGUAAAGUAAUGCAGUUGUCCUGGCUUCUGUCCGCUGGAGUUCACUGACAGAAUCCCAAGCCACUCCAGACUCUAUGAGGGAAUUGGGCAUCCAAUUGCAGGAUGUAGAAAUAGAAUUUUUUCCUGAUUGUGGAAGGCACCUUCUAAUUCAAAUCCAUUUCUAGAAAGGUGCCAAAUACAUUUAAACAACAGAGGAUGAAUUAAAAAAAAAAAUCAGCAAGAAUCUGACAGACGUUUAAGAUGUAAGUUAACAAAUCAGUCAUCAAUUGCUGAAUUCCGUAGGGUAAUUAUUCACUGGAAAUGGCAAAAUAGGUGGUAAAUUGGCAUCAUUUCAGUAUAUGGCUUUCCAAUAAAUCCUUUGCGCUGUUAUAUAUUGUUACGGCUCUAAAAUACAACUUUGCCACUCAAUAUAGUCUUACUUUUUAAAGGUCACAAGAAAGAAACAGCUGAGAAAACAUACCAUUUCAUAAUUAACAAUUCAAAAAUGUUUAAAGUCCUGAAGACUUAACAUGAUAAUUUGAAACAACUUUCUAACCUCUUCUCUCCCCCCCCCCCCCCUUGAUGUAAAGAAUAAAUAUAGGUCCUUUUGUCAGACGCUACUAUCCUGGGUGAAAAGUUGCAGUUUUGCCAAAAUUGUUCUUCUGUCCAGCAGCCAUGCUUACCAGCGUAAUGACCAACAGCUUCAUGGGUAUGUCUGUGCCAACUGUUAGAAAUAUUUUUUUUAGGGCGGAAUCCAUCGUCGUAUGAGUGGAGUUCUAUUCAUGUAGCUGAAAUUUACCUUCCCCUGCUUCCCGCAGCACUGCCCCAUCCACCCUCAAAAUCUGCUCUGAAGGGUUGCGGGUCCACUUGGAGCGGCUUUGGGUGUGAGGGCUGCAUGAAUGCUUCUGUGAGCAGGUCUGUUUGGUGCCCAGACAGCUUUGAAUUCAACCUGCUGUUUUAAUUUAAUUUUGUGCUUUGAUCUACAAUCACUUUAGCUUCCCAGAGCAUCUUUCAGUACCCCGAAAGAAGCCAUAAGUGCAGUGUGUCAUAAAUACAUAUUCAGUCUUUCUAUCAGUAGCUGCAUGAACCCCUUAAGAUAGGUCGGUCACAGGCCUGAGUGUUUUUCAGAGAUGACAGUUGGUAUUCAAUGCACUUAUUCCAUUAACGCAAGGACUUUUGGCUACUCAAAAGGGCUGCCCCUCCUUCUUUUCCUGCACCCCUGGCUCUCCAGAGCUGAUCUGAGGAGGUUGCAGGAUAUGCAUUGGGAUGUGGGGGGAAUUCUGUUGUGAAAAUCCCUGUGCUAAUGGAGCAGAUGUGUUGGAUACUGCCCAAUUUUUAUUUAUUUAGAAAUUUUCUGAUCUGCUUGACCUAAGAAGCAUGUUAGAAAAUAAUUAAAUAACUCAUAAAACCAUAAAAGGUAAAAUGCUACAGCAGAGAAACAGAGGCAAUGUGAGAAUAUUUCUAUUUGGGAUGGUGUUGGAUCAAAGGUGUGUUUUAGUGUUAUAUUUUAAUAUGUCCUCUUAUACUAGGAAUCAUUAGGUAUUUGAGAAUAGGACAGGUUAUAAAUACUGUUUAAACCAGCUCCAGCCUCAUCACGCUCGUUAUCCAUGCCCAAGAAAAGCUUCCUUUUUCUUAUUUUCUGUCUUUGAUCUAAAGUUACCUAGAACAUUUUUGUCACCCACAAAGUCCUGUUAUUUUAGCAGGCUAGAGUAAUUUUUUCCUUUUUCGUAUGCAUAUUGCUAACAAGUUAGCAUAUGCAAAAUUGUCUUUCAUGACAAAGGUGUAAUUCAGCAUGCAUUACAAAUCAAAUAAACCUGCUUUUUCAAAGUUCCCAACUGUAAUUUGUGGCAGCUUAUGCUUAUAUCUCAUGGUUUAUUGACAGUACCUCAUUGCGAUAUUUGCUUUCAUCUGCUGUUGAGAAAGCAGUUGGAGAUCAAAUGCAGAGACUGAACAGGAGAGAACUGGAGCAAACAGCCGCUUUCCCUGGAGUAACAGAUGAGAAAGUGUUCCACAUUCCAGGAGGUGGUAUCACAAAACUAUUGUUCACUGAAAGGUUGGUGAGGCAGUAAAAAAAUAAUAUUGAAAAUUACCAUUAUAAAGUGCCAGUGAAAGGCACUUUGCACUGGAAGAGGACACAAAUGAGUACAGUAGCACCAAAGUUAAAAUUAGCACCUCAAAUUACUCUGAAGUUGGAGUACAACAUGUUAUCAACGGAAACUUUAGCAGAAAAAAUAUGAUGAAAUUCUAAUCAAAGGAUAAUUUACGAAACUAAUGACCAUUAAGCUACCAUCACAAUUUAGAGUGAUUUUAUCUAAUUGCUUUUUCCGACUUUUUUGUGCAGCUAGUGCAUAGAGGGCUACUCUGUUUUACAAAGCUAUUAUUUUUACGUAGAAGAAACUGAACCAUUUAUGCUGGGCUUUGCCCGCUUGCUUGUGUGAACAAAGGUUUCAGAAGGAAAUCUACUGGAUUUUCCACCUGAGGUCGACCACAAAUACAAAGUCUAUCUGCAUAUGGGACCUUGUAGUAACAGCCAUCCAAGACUGUAGUGGGAAUCACUUGGAAAUGCAGUUCAAUAAUGGCAUUUAUGAAGGAAACUGGUGAGAGCUUGGUCAGAUAACUAGCUCUAAAAUUCUCUGUUCUCAAGAGUGGAUACCAAGGGGGAAAGUUGGUGUUUCUAUUUAGUUGUGUCUAAUUAAUCCCUUCUGGAUUCUGUCAGGAAGAACCAAUCCCUUAGUUCACACUUAUUCAAGGUCAAAGCAGAGCUCUGUUGUUAAUGUACCUGUCCUACUGUUCUCCACUCCAUUCCUUUUGGUCCUUUUAAGGUCUUAAAAUUUCAGGGAGUAUCUUGGUGGUUCUCAGACAGUCAUUGUGCUGUAGCAAACAGCUUGGAAUUCUUGGUUGAUUAAGCUUGGUUUUUAUGUCACCUCAGCUUGCUUUAAGAAAGAAGAAUGCUGGAUUAGCUGGAUUGUUUUACAUGUUUACUUUGUGUUUAUGUAUGUGUGAUUCUAUGGCUUAUAGGAGAGAGAGGGAACCUGUGGCCCUCCAGAUGUUCCAAGACUACAACUCCCAGCAGGCUUGCCAAUGGCUAGAGACAGCAGGAGUUGUAGUUCAACAUCUGGAGGUCCACAUUAAUCCAUUCCAGGCUUACAACCCAAACAUGAGCAAGAGUGCCAGCAGAGAAUUUUUCUGUCCAGUUAUUUAAUUGCUUUUGCUUUUAUUCCAGUUGUACAAAAGGUAUUCCAAUGAUAGUUUUGCUGAAGUUUUGCUCAGAGGGAGACAAUAUCCCUGAUGCCCUGGCUCUUGCUGACUACCUUAAUGAAUGGCUCCAGCUAACUGCAAACCAAGUAAAAGUAUGCCAGCCCACGGUAAACAUGGUAGGUUUUUUAGUUUUGGAAUUCUAGCGCUUAGAAAGGUGCUUCUAAAGUGAAAUUCCAAAUACUGUUGCAACAUAUGAAUAUUGUUGUAUUGUAACCUUUGCCCUUUUGUCUCCAGGGGCAAUGGGCUAGAUCCAAAGUUGCUGUUCAGUGAACAGAAGGGCUCCUUCUGCAACCUUUGGAUCGGCUUUUCACAGGGCUAAGGGAGGAUGGAGGAAUUGACAAAAAAUUGCCUCAAAGCCCCUGCCCUGAGGCAUAUUAUAGGAUGCAUGCCUCGUUCUCACCUGGCAUUUGUCAUGGGGGUGCCUUGAAACAAUUUGUAUGCUUGGGGACACAUCAUGGCUGCAGAUCUGGAAGAAAAAUUCAAGGAAGUUCCUUCAUUCAGACCAUUUCCUUAGAAUGGUUUGAAAUUGUUGACAUAGACUGGGAGCUGCAGGAUGCAUUAGAACACUUUUACUUAAAAGUCAUAUAAUUGAAUGCUAGAGUGUAUAUAAAUACAUGUGUUUGAGACAAUGUGUUUUUGCUACUUGAGAAUAAAACCGUGUUGUGACUUUUGUUUUCUGAAAUUAGGAAAGCUGCAGUUCUCCAGCUAAAUCUUCCAGAUGGAAAAUACCAAGUUCCUGGAAAUUACUCUAUGGCAGUGGACUUCCACCUGCUUUGUUUUAAAUUCUCCUCUUCUUUUGUUUAUGGACCACUUAUUUAAAAUUUAAGUUUUACACUUUGGAUUCUAAUAUGAAUAAUAGCUGUGUAUAACCUUGUGUGAAACUGAAUGAGCGGAUCUUACUGCCAGAGAUAUUUUAAAAUGCUGAGGCUACCUAAAGAAAAUUGUAACAUACAACUAUACAGAAUGAAAAUACUUUCCCCAUAAUAAAUUCAUUACCUGUAAGCUUUUAGUUUAGCUUAACUUUUGAAACAUUCCAG